UACUUGAAACCGCCGUCAAGAAGGAUGCCUUGGACCCUCGUUGCUCAUCUAAUGGCCUCGACAGCUUUCACCAAAUCGCACCGAAUUGGCUUAUAAACCGAAGAGCAGGACCCCCAUGGGCACUUCCUCCGCUUCCAUCUUCAUAGCGAGUUCGACAUUUGCCUUACAACUGUUCAGAAAUAGACAUCAUCAUCAUCAACGAUACCGACUUUACAAUGGGUUGCAAUUCAGUCUGUUGCGCGCCCUCCAAACGCCCUCUUUCGACUACGCCUGAGGAGGUUUCAACGUCUUCACAUGGUCGAGGAGACCAAGGGUCAAACACGGAUCCCAGCCCGACGAGUUCAGAAGCCACAGCAACUUCUUCUGCAAAUGUUGGUUAUGGGGAGUAUUUCGACGACGAAAAGGGGAUUGGCGACAGAAUUAGGGAUGGAGAGUCGCAUCAAGGGGAAGACGACACGGUUGAGACUACAACGGACAACUGCCAGGACAGGUGCUGUGGUGGACAGCCAAGCGAAAACCAGACCAGCAGUCAAACAUUACGGGGGCCAAGCAGCAAGAGUGCCGAUUCUCAUCCACCACACUCGGAAUCCUCUAAAGACCCGUGUGCAGUAUCACACGGCUGUGAGGGGCAUCAUCACAGCCACAGUCACAGCCAUAACCACAACUACAGCCGGUUCCCAAAUCUCGCCAGAACGUUCAGCGCCUUAUCCCAAAACACUUUCAGAAAAAAUUCGCUUUCCAACCACAAACACCAUACACACGGAUCGGAAUGUCAACACACCGAACAAAUAUCUGCCAGUAUCCCCACUACAGAUAGUGAGUCAGCAACCGCGAGUUCCAGUAUAGCGCCAGUUCAGUCAGUAAGCGGGCAGUCGGACGGUACGGCCGAUCUGGAAAAAGGUCUUUCUGGAUAUGAGCAUGUCGUUCUCAUUAUCGAAAAGAUGUGCUGUGGCCAAGAACUCCACCAAGUGGCCGCUAAUAUCAAGGCCAUCAGGAACCUCAAAGUCAGCGUGCCACAUAAGCAGGUUGACUUUGACGUCAAUCUGAGUCUCGCGUCGGCUGUCGAUGUGAUCGAACAGAUUCAAAGGUCAACUACCUGGAAGUGUGAGCGAGUCAUCGAAGGAGCUUGCAGUCUUGACAUUGUCCCCGAAAAUCCGACCGAGUUUGUGUCUAGGCCAUUACCGAUGGGAGUCGCCCAAGUAUCAGUCAUCGAUAAGAAGAUCGUCAGGAUCUACUACGAUCCCAAAGUCAUUGGCGCCAGAGACUUGGUGCAGUUUGGGUUUGGGGCUCCUCUAACGCUCGCGAAAAGCUCGGUCGACCAAAACACGACCGCUGGUUGGAAAAACGUUCGUCAUUUGUUCGUUAUGACGAUGCUCUCUUGGAUAUUGACCAUUCCUGUUCUCGUCUUGGCUUACCUUCCGCAAUCUGGAAAGCGGAUGGUUUCGUACGGAUAUGCAUCAUUAUCGCUGGCGACACUCGUCCAAAUAUUCGUUGCUGGCCCUUUUUACCGCGAGGCGUUGAGUCCGCUGAUCAAGUCAGGGGCCAUCAACAUGGAGUUCCUGGUUGUGCUCAGCACCACUACAGCAUACAUCUUCUCCGUGGUCUCAUUUGCACUUUUGGUAUGCGGACGUCCAUUGUCGACAGGGCAGUUCUUUGAGACGAGCACUUUGCUUGUGACAUUGAUCAUGGUUGGCCGCUUCCUUGCCGCUUUCGCACAGCACAAGGCUGUCGCGUCGGUCUCCAAGGUCAAGUCGCUUCAAUCUCAUACCGCGCUGCUUGUUGAUGAAGACGGAGGCAACGAGAAGGAGAUCGACGCACGACUACUCCAAUAUGGAGACUACUUCAAAGUUGUGCCAGGUGCUAAGAUCCCCACCGACGGCAUUAUUGUCGAGGGUGAUUCGGAAGUGGACGAGUCCAUGAUCACUGGCGAGUCGCGACCAGUUGUCAAGAGCGAAGGAUCUGAGGUGAUUGCAGGGACAGUCAACGGCUCAGGAGCUCUUCGGGUACGGCUCACGACUGUUCCCGGUAACAACACCAUCAGCGUCAUCAUGACAAUGGUGCACAAGGCAAAGGUGGCCAAAACGAAGAUCGAGGGCAUUGCCGACCGCGUUGCCGGGUAUCUCGUCCGCGCUGUUCUUUGUCUGACAGGCAUCACCCUGAUCAUAUGGUGCGUUGUUGGUGUCAAGGUACACAAACUACGCGCUGCCGAGGCCAUCGUUCAAGCGCUCACUUAUGCCAUAACCGUCCUCAUUGUCUCCUGUCCUUGUGCUAUCGGACUAGCAGUUCCAAUGGUCAACACCAUGGUCAGCGGUCUGGCAGGAGACAGAGGGAUUCUGUUCAAGUCAUUAGGUGCCGUGGAGAUUGCCCGCACAACAUCCCACGUCGUGCUUGACAAGACAGGGACUCUCACCAAGGGGGAACUCGACGUCCACGAUGUGCGUUUCAUGGAGAGUGACUCCAAUAUCUCCAAGUCCCUACUACUUGGGUUGCUGCAUGACAUCAAGCAUCCAGUAGCCGCAUCAGUGUCUGCCUAUCUCCUCUUCAUGGGAGUGACCCCUGAGGUCGUUAAUCACCAAAAAGCCCUUCCAGGCAGAGGCGUCGAAGGUCACUCACCAUCCGGCCAAGUACUCCGAGCAGGAAACUCGCGCUGGCUAGGCCUCGAGUCCGACUCAACCGUCCAGCGCAUUCUCUCCCAAGGCUACACUGCCUUCUGCUUCACGAUCGACGAUUCCCUUGCUGCCAUUUUCGGCCUCCACGACACACUCCGCCCCGAGGCACCAUCCGUUAUCAGUCAGCUCCGGCAACGCGGCAUCUCCAUCCACGUCAUCUCCGGCGACGACGACCUCGCCGUCCGCUCCAUCUCCCGCCAACUCGACAUCCCCGAGCACAACAUCCGCUCCCGCUGUAAACCCGAAGAAAAAGAAGCCUACAUCAAACACCUCCUCAUCCCACCACCACCCCGCUCCCGACUAUCCCUCCGUUUCCUCAACAUCCACCCAAAGCCAAAACCCAGCAAACCCCCCACCGUCCUCUUCUGCGGCGACGGUACCAACGACGCCAUCGCCCUCGCCCGCGCAACCAUUGGCGUGCACAUGGCCGAAUCCAACGGCCAAGCCACCGACGUAGCCGAGGCCGCCGCGGACGUAGUCCUCAUUCGGUCCAACCUGACUGGCAUUCUGACGCUAAUCGAGAUGAGCGAAAAGGCGAUGCACAGGAUCAAGUUCAACUUUGGCUGGAGCUUUGUGUACAAUGUGUUUGCGAUCUUGUUGGCCGGAGGACUGUUUGAGUUUGUGGGAGGAGGGAUCAGGAUACCGCCGCAGUAUGCGGGGUUGGGGGAGUUGGUGAGUAUUUUGCCGGUUUUGGGGGGAAGUUUGACGUUGAGGUGGGCGAGGUUUGCGGGGGAUGUGACUGAUGUUCGGGAGGGGGGUGGGAGAGGGGAGGAUGGGGAGAGUGGAAGAGGGAGUGGGAGGAAAGAUUGGCUUGCGGUGUGGAUGCGAUGGAUGAGGAGUUGAGGUUUUCAAGUGGGAAGAUGGGGGUUUGAUGGUGUUUUUGGAUACAUGGAGGUGACAAAGUAAGAGAAAGGGCGUCGCUGCCCAGGUGGGUUCAGGUUGGUUGGGAUGCAUCACGUUUGGGCAUGAACUCGGUCUUUACUGGGAUGGACUCUGUAACAGAUAUCACUAGAAGGCAUGCAAUAAUGAACAGGUAUUUAUCGGUGCGUCAGUCUCUCG